AGUAACUUUGAACGGCGAGGAGAACAGCCCAUGUGCAAAGAGAGAUUCUGGGAACGGCCCAUGGAGUGAAGAAGGCGAGCCGCCGCAGCCGUCGCCGUCCUUUCCUCCGGCGAGCCGCCGCAGCCAUGGCAGGCCUCCCGCCGCUUCUUCCGACGCCGCCCGCAAGCCUCAAGCUGCGGGACACGGCCGUCGAGUCCCGCGCGCCCAAGCGACACCGCCCCCUGGAGCCGCCCGCUUCGGAUAGCCGCCGCCCGCAACCGGCUUCUCCGCCUAGCAGUAGGCGCCGAACAGGGGAGCUGCCUCCGCCGCCCAAGUCCAAAGUUCGGCGUCGAUCGAGGUCACCGCCGUCGUUCAGUGUUCGGCGUCGAUCGAGGUCACCGCCGCCGUGCAAGCACCCAGAAACUUCAUCAGCUACUGUAGUGAAUAGACCUGAUCCUGCAAUCAGGGGGCAUGAGCAGAAGUUGGAUAGCAAGAAGAUGGAUGGUAAAAACCAGAGUGAUGGCAAGGCUCCAAGCAGAAGUGCUCGUCGCAAGAAGAUAAAAAGACAGAUACGAGCGGAAGCUAAAAAAGAAUUUAGGGAGCACUCAGAAACUUCAUCAGGUGCAGUAGAGAAGACACCUGAUCCUGCAGUCCGGGGUGAUGAGCUGGAGUUGCAUAGUGAGAAGAUGGAUGGAAAAAACCAGAGUGACCACAAGGCUCCAAGCAGAAGUGCUCGUCGCAAGAAGAUGAGAAGACAAGUAUGGACGGAAGCUAAAAAACAAAUGAGGGAGAUGAAAAAGGACAAGCUGUUAGAAAAGAUUAAAAAGCUGCAAGAUUGCGCCUGGCUUCUGGAGAAGGAUGGUGCAGACAAGGCUGAAAUCAUGGAAUUCAGGAGUUUGAUUGAAUCAACAAAGAAGCAGUAUGGGGAGAAUGAGGAACUAUUGGCCCAGGCAGGAUCAAGUGCAUCACAGCAGGUGCUAAACAAUGACAGACUUGACAAAACUCAUGUGGAAACAAUGGCAGCUCUUGUAGAGACGGUUGAGGGAGAUGAGCAGAACAUGGAUUCUGGAGAAGCGGAGGGCAGAAGCCUGAAAGGUUGCAAGGAAGCUUCCAAACAAAGCGAACUAGCGGAGGAGGUGAACCGUCUCAAGAAUGAGAUCGAAACGGUCAGGCAAGACCGUGACUACCAGUCAGCAAAGGCGCAGUCUUUGAUGGCUGACAUGGCUAAGCAGAAAGAAGUCGCGAGAAGAUACGGAGUCGAGCUAGAGGAUGCUAUGAGUAGAGUCGCUGCCCUCGAGGAAAGAGGCCUACUGGAAAGCGAGACAAUCAGAACGUUGCAGGUUCAGCUUGCAUGUGCAAACGAGAAACUAAUGUUAGUAUCAUCUACCGCAAGAGAUUGAUGCCAGGCCGGAGCGCCGACCAGCCUUGCAAUGUUGGUUCAUCGUCAUCAAGUCAUCGAUUUGCUCGAGCGUCGGACACCGGCGCAUACCACAGACGCCAGGAAUCCUGAUGAAGGAUCGGUUGGUGUUUUACUGACAGCCAUAGCAGCAGAAACUAGUGUGUCGAACGAACCUGAUGGAUAUGUAGACAAGUGUAAUGUAACUAGUGCCUCUCACAAUUGUUUCUUUUAACUAAUGAUGAUUAAUGAAGUGCUGGGUUUCA